AUGUACAUCAAGACCCUCACCAUCCAGGGGUUCAAGUCCUACCGCGACCAAACCCAGAUCGAGCCAUUCUCUCCUAGGCACAAUGUCGUGGUAGGGCGGAAUGGGUCAGGAAAGAGUAAUUUCUUCGCCGCCAUUCGGUUUGUCUUGUCGGAUGCGUACACAUCCAUGUCUCGAGAGGAAAGGCAAGCCCUCCUGCAUGAAGGCGUCUCCACCACCCAGACACUGUCGGCCUUUGUGGAGAUUAUCUUCGAUAACUCCGACAAUCGCUUCCCUACAGGCCGAGAGGAUGUAAUACUUCGUCGUACCAUCGGUCUGAAGAAGGAUGAAUACAGUCUGGACAAGAAGAGCGCCAGCAAAGCCGACGUCAUGAACCUCUUGGAAAGCGCAGGGUUUAGUAAGAGCAACCCCUAUUACAUUGUGCCGCAAGGACGAAUCACGGCCCUCACAAACGCCAAAGAUCAUGAACGGCUUGCGCUCCUGAAGGAGGUCGCAGGAACCAAGGUUUACGAGCAGCGACGAGCGGAGUCUCUGAGGAUCAUGGCCGAGACCGACGCGAAACGCGCGAAGAUUGGCGAACUCCUCGAGUAUAUCGACACGAGACUCACAGAACUUGAAGAGGAGAAGGAAGAGCUAAAGGAAUUCCAAGAGAAGGACAAAGAGCGGCGGUGUCUCGAGUAUGCUCUGCACCAACGGGAACUUGAGGAAGUCGGGGCGACGCUAGAAGAGAUUGAAGAGGAGAGGAGAGGAGAGGUGCACAGUGCCAAUGUCAGGCGAGAGCAGUUCAACGACCGUGAGAAGCAGCUGCAGAACUUCGAAAGGUCCAUUACUCAGCUGCGAACGACUUCGACGACACUCAAUCUCACUCGUCAGGGUGCCCAGUCGGAACUUACAGAUCUCAUUCGUGCACGUACUGAGCUCGAAUGCACACUCGAUGAUCUUAGACUUGCAGCGGAGCGUGCUGGCGGAAGGCGGGAGGGCCUCGAAGCUGAGUUGGCCAGCAUAGAGACGACUAUCACUCAGAAGCAGCACGAGCUGGCCGCCCUUAUACCCGACUGGGAUCGUAUCCGUGCCUCCGAGGCCAACGAGAAGCAGCAGCUCGAUCGUGCCCGUGCGCAACUGGAUGCUCUCUACGCCAAACGAAGACGACUUGACAAGUUUCGCACGAAAGCCGAGCGAGAUCGUUACCUGAAGGCAGAGAUUGCGGGAAUGGAGCAGUUCCGGAAGACGCAGGCGGCGGCUCUUGUGAACCUCGAGCAGGACCUCGCUAGAGCACACCAGUCGCUAGCAGAGGUCAAUGAAGGCAUCCAAGCGACCCAGGCCAAGUCGGAAGAUGGUCGAACGCAAGUCCGGGAAAUUGGUGAGAGGAUCGCUGCCCUAAAGGAUGAGCAAGCGGAGAAAACGGAGCGGAGAAAGGAGCUAUGGCGAGAGGACGCGAAGCUCGAGUCUUUGGUGACACAAGCCGCAGACGAGCUGCGAGGUGCGGAUCGGUCUCUGGCUGGUAUGAUGGACAAGGAUACUGGGAACGGUCUUCGGGCGAUCGAUCGUAUCGUGGCCAACUCGCCGAACUUCGACGGUGUUUACGGUCCACUGUACCGACUGUUCGAAAUCACGGACGACAAGUUCAACACCGCUGUCGAACUUACCGCGGGAAACAGUCUUUUCCAUGUGGUCGUCGACACAGAUGAAACAGCUUCACGCGUACUCGACAUCAUGAUGCGCGAGAAGAACGGCCGGGUGACUUUCAUGCCCUUGAACCGUCUGAAGCCCAAGAUUCCCAACGUCCCGAAUGCACAGGACGCCAUCCCUCUCAUGGAGAAGCUCCGUUUCGACCCUAAUCACCUUAAGGCGUUCCAACAAGUGUUCGGUAAGACCUGCGUCUGCCGCGACCUCACUAUCGCCUCCGCCUAUGUCAAGUCGCACAACAUCAACACAAUCACCCUCGACGGCGACAAGGUCGAUCGCAAGGGUGCCCUCACUGGCGGCUACCACGACGUCCGCCGGUCCCGUAUCGAGGCGAUCCGCAACGUCACCGUCUGGCGCGCCAAGUUCGCAGAGAACGACGCCCGCCUGAAGGAGGUCAAGCAGACGAUCGCGACGCUCGAACAGCAGAUCACCAAGCUCGCAGGUGACAUCCAGGUGCAGACCGCGCGCCAGAACCAGGCGCGGGCGGUGCGCGAGAGCGUUGGGGAGGAGGUCGCGGCGCUCUUGCGGGAGAAGGAGCGCCAGACGUCGCGUAUCGCCCGGCUCGAAGGCGAGAUCGAGGACUUGCGCUCGGAGCUGGGCGGGCUCGACGCGAAGAUCGAGGGCUUCAAGACUGAGCUGCGAAGCCCGAUGACGCAGAAUCUUACCAGCGAGGAAGAGGACCUCAUCGAAAGCCUCGGUCUCGAGCUGGAGCACCUUCAGAAGACCGUGGUGGAGCUCGGCAAGGAGAAGAACGAGAUUGGGGGCCGGAAGAACUUGCUGGAGAUCGAGCUUAACGAGGGGCUGAUGCGUCGGAGAGAGGAGCUACGGUUAAAGAUCGAAGGCCUCGGAGCUUCUGAAGCUGGAGAUGCGAGCUCGGAGGACACACUCACCGCAAAAACCCGAGAACUGAAAGCUCUCAACAACUCCAUCGACUCGCUGGAGAAGAAGAUCGCGGACACGGACAAGGACAUUGAGAAGACCAAUAGCCAGCUGCAGGCUCAACGUCAAGAACUUGAGAAGGUGCAAACGCAGCAAGCCGAAGACGUCCGUGGUAUCUCGAGGCAACAGAAGAACACGGAGCGGUACCUCGCCAAGCGUCAGAUGCUCCUCAAUCGCAAGGACGAGUGCAACCGGAGUAUCCGAGACCUUGGAGUGUUGCCGGAAGAAGCAUUCGAGAAGUACACCAGCGAAAAGUUGGAUAGGCUUGUGAAGAAGCUUCAUGCAAUCAACGAAGGCUUGAAGAAGUUCGCCCACGUGAACAAGAAGGCCUUUGAGCAGUACAACAACUUCACCAAGCAACGCGACCAGCUUAUCCAGCGCCGAGAGGACCUUGACAAGUCGGCGGAAUCUAUCCAAGACCUCGUCAAUGUGCUUGACCAGCGCAAGGACGAAGCCAUUGAACGCACCUUCAAGCAGGUGGCCAGCAACUUCGAAGAGGUCUUUGAGAAGCUGGUUCCAGCAGGUCGUGGGCGACUCGUCAUUCAGAGGCGGAUAGACCAGGACGAGGAAGAUGCCGACGAAGUUGAUGAGACGCAGCAGAGCACGAUCGACAACUACACUGGCGUCUCGAUACGAGUCUCGUUCAACUCCAAAGUCGACGAAGGUUUGCGGAUUCAACAGCUGUCUGGUGGACAAAAGUCUCUCGUUGCCCUUGCAACAGUCUUCGCUAUUCAGAAAUGCGACCCUGCGCCAUUUUAUCUAUUCGACGAAAUCGACGCCAACCUCGACGCCCAAUACCGAACGGCAGUCACAGCCAUGAUCCACGAGCUCUCUGCCACGGCUCAGUUCAUCACCACCACUUUCCGUCCCGAGAUGUUGGCGACUGCAGACAAGUUCUAUGGUGUCAUGUUUAACGCCCAAAAGAUUAGUACCAUUCGAGCCAUCAAGCGCGAGGAGGCGAUGGAGUUCGUCGAGCAGGAAGCGCAAGCUCAGUGA